AAAGCUCUUUAGAAUAACCCCCUCACCCCCCAUCCUCUGUGAAGACACGCAGAUCCAUCAGGGUUAGUUAACAGUCUCUUUGAUCUUCGGCUGAGCUCCCCGAAGAAGGCGGGAGUUCAGUUGGGACAAGUCAGGUCAGGACAGAACAAACACAUUCUCCUUCCCAAAGAAAAGGACUGUGCCACGGUUUUUCUCAAUGGAUUUGCUAUGGGUGUGUGUGUGUGUGUGUGUGUGUAUGUGUGUGUACGGGGGGUUGGCGGGAGAGGUGGGCGUGCCGCGGUGUCUAUGUAUGAAAGCCAUGUGCGGGAGGACCGGCGGCCACUGGGAGAAGCUUUUACGCACAGCAUCACUUGUCAUUUUCGGCAAUAAUUAACAAUCUUCUAAAGGACGACAUGUUGCUGCUGAGGACGUUCGCCCCCUGGGUGCUGUUGGCCUUCCUCGGGCACCGGGUCUCCCUGUCCUCCGGUGCGCGCAACAAGACCCGCGGGGCGCACGGCGCCGUGAUGGCAGCCUCCUCCGGCAGAGCGCAGAGAAGCGGGAACAAGGGCGCGGCGAGCGGCCGGGGCAAGUUCUCGCUCACGGACGACAAGAUGCGGUGCACGUGGGGGGCGAGCGACUCCGGGGACGCGGUGAGGCUGUCGGUCAAAUGCGAGAACCCGGAGGCGCGCGCCAAGGGCGGGACCACCGACAUGCGGUGUGAAUACGACGCCAAACCCCAGGGCUGCCGGGGCUACCGGUCCGACCGCAAGGGCUUCUGGAAGCAGGUGGCCCGCGCGCUCAAACGACUGCAGGGCAAAGUGUGCCAAGACGAGCGCGCGCUGGUGAAGGCCAGCAUGUGCAAGCGCGCGCCGCGGGACGCGCACUUCAAGCUGGACGUGUCCAGCGCGGUGAGCUCGGCGUCGGGAGGAGACCCGGAGACGCCACCGCCUCGCUCCACCGCCACCGCCCGACCCACAGCCGGACGAGGCUGCACCCGGCGCGCGGACCACCGGCAGACGGCCGAGGAGUACUGCAACAGCUCGUGGGCCAGCGUGUGCUCCUUCCUCUUCUCCAUGAUGCAAAGUGACGACUGUUAGCUGCACUGAUGAAAUGUAGUCGGGGCUAAUUUACCACACACCUUGUGGAGGUUAUACUCAGGUACUGUAAGAAACAUCUGAAGAGCUACUCAUUUCUGUGUUUUACUACUUUGAAGCUCCAUUUCAAACGUAAAUAUUGUAUAUGAAUCAUCAUCAUGAUGUAUGUGACAGCUGUAACUGCUGUCAGCUUAUUUUCAGAUUAAAUUGUCCCUCUAUACAACAUGUCAUGAGAUGAUAAAGAGUCAGAUUAAACUACCCAGCAGUAAAUAAAGUACACCAAAUAUACUUGUAUCCUUGAUACCCAUAAAUCCCCUGUGAUUUUACCUACUACCACACACACAGAAAAACAGGCAGAAUCAGUCACAGAGGGAAAUAUUUUUCAUAAUCUGGAUUAGAAACUAGCCUGUGAUCAACUAUUUGAGCGUGUUGUUCAGUCCACAUCACUACUUCACAUCUUUCAAGUACUUUUAACAUCCUCACGAAAGACUGAAACUAUAACUGCAUGGAGUCUGGAGUUUGUCUAAGACAUUGUUGAUGUUGCCGUGAAUCUUUUCAUCAUUUUGAAUCUUGGAUGUGACAUCAUGUCUCUUUUGUAGGCAGUGAAUUUAAGAUGAAUGUUUACUUGUAAUAGAGUAUUUCUAGUGUGAUUUUUUUUUUUUUUUUGGCGUAAAGAACCGUAAAACUUCUCCAAACCACUGUUCAUCACACAGAACCGAAAAUUUAUGAUUAUAUAGUCCAAUGUUACUCUCUUCUACCUCUGGGCAGCUUAACCAAUCAGCCACUAAUAUCAUAUAAAACACUGCUGUAUUUAUGUACCACAAAUAAAUACUUUAUAUUUUUGUGGCCUGUUGCCUUGAACAAUUAUGAAACUGACAUGACUUUUCAUGGGAAGGGGCAGAUGUACGGACUAAGACCUUUGUGUGCACAUGCUACAGAACAUCUGGAUUGUCAAUGUGAAAAAACUUCUUGUUUCAAACCAAUACAAAUCAACAAAAGCUUCUGUAA